GCUUGUGUUAGUGCUAAGGGUUUACACAAUGUCCGGCCGGCGAGCUGGCGUCAAGUCCAUACUGAAGGCUGCCUUGUCUCUCCUGCAGGCUGGGGUCCCGUCCAACACACUGGCCCACCUGCUGACGCGGCUGGCGCCCCCCGCCCGCGCGCCGCACGAGGCCUUGAGGGACCGGGGCGGCGCUGAGGGCGGCCAGUCGUGCCCCCACUGCGGCCGCUUCUUCGGGCGUCCGGUCGACCUCGGGCGCCACCUGCGCACGCACACGGGGGAGAAGCCCUUCGCGUGCCCGCACUGCGCCUUCCGCAGCGCGCAGAGCGGCAACGUGUACCGCCACAUCAAGAUGAAGCAUCCGGAGUUCUUGGCGGCGCCCUACCCAGGGAGUGUUGGUAGUGGUGGUCAGGGAGGGAGUGGGGCCCCCUCGCUCGCCCGCCAGCAACAUCAAGAACACCUCCAACAACAACACCAACAGCAACACCAACAACACAUGGAACACCCGCACCAACAGCAGCUGCACCAGCAACACCAGCAGCAGCAGCAACAGCACCAGCAGCAACUCCAGCAGCCGCAAGCGGACGUCUCCGGCCACGAGUACCAGCACCUGCGGGACGGGCGGAGGGCGUACGCCUGCCAGUUCUGCGGCAAGUGGUUCGCGACGCCCUCCAAGGUCCUGCGCCACGAGAGGACCCACACCGGCGAGAGGCCCUACGACUGCUCGCACUGCCCGCUGUCCUUCAACCAGCGGGAGAUCCUGAAGAGGCACCUGAGGGCGGUCCACAAGACUCCGACGGCGUGGUGACGAGGCUGGGCGUCGGCGGGGGGC